GGCCACGGCGCGAGAACUCUCGUGCUUGACGGUCGUCAGUGUCUCCUCGCGACUCCGUCCGUGUGUUUGUACGUUCGUAAGAUUGCGGAACUGAUUCGUUUCCGCUCUUUUCGUCUUCGAUAUAUUCGGAUUAGAGUUUAGUGAUUCGUUAAAUAAAGAGGUUAUAUAAAGCGGUAAACGAGAUAGAAAUAACCUCGUCGUUGACACCAUCACUACACAAUCAUCAUUAUCAUCAUCAUCAUUAAUAUAAACAUCAUAUACGAAGGCGAGUGUCGAGGACGAAGAUGGCCGAGAGUAAAGGAGCGCUGAUUGCGAAGACAGUGCAAAAACACGCGGGUAGAGCGAAAGAGAAGUUUCUUCAGAAUCUCGGGAAGGUCGACAGAACAGCGGACGACAUAUUUGACGAGCACCUACAAAACUUUACGAGGCAGCAAAACUCUGCCAACAGGCUACAAAAGGAGUUCAACAAUUACAUCAGGUGUGUUCGAGCCGUACAAGUAGCAUCGAAGACGUUGAUGGAUUCACUAAAUGAAAUCUAUGAGAGUCAAUGGACUGGUCAUGAUCUUCUUUACGUGCAAGCACAAAACUUGGAUAUGCUAUGGCAAGAUUUCACUCAUAAACUUGCGGACCAAGUACUUGUACCUCUCAACACAUAUCAAAGCCAAUUCCCCGAGAUGAGAAAAAAAAUUGAUAAACGUGGAAGAAAAUUAGUGGAUUACGAUAGUCAAAGACACAAUUUCCAAUCGCUCCAGUGUAAUCCAAAAAAGAGAGAUGAACUUAAAGUAUCUCGAGGCAAGGAACUUUUGGAAGAAGCUAAACGUACAUACGAACAAUUAAAUUCAGAAUUGCAUGAUGAAUUACCAGCAUUGUACGAUUCUCGUGUUUUGUUCCUUGUGACCAAUUUACAAACGUUAUUCGCUGCCGAGCAAGUUUUUCAUGCCGAGAGUGCCAAGGUAUAUUCCGAAUUAGAGGCAAUAGUUGAUAAACUUGCCAAUGAAAGUCAGAGAGGAUCUUAUACGUUGAAGAAAAACACCGAACCCCAAUCACCAAAAUCACCAAAUGCCAAUUCAGCCUUGAUAAUAAACACGCAACCGUCGCAAAACAACAUCUCGGCAGCUGUGGAGGAUUCGGUACCACCAGCUAGAGACACCUCGCCAACGACCCAAUUAAAUGGCAAUGCUAACAGCAAUGCUAAUAGCAAUGAUAAUUCUCUCAAUAAUCAGGAUGCUUCUCCGCAAAGUACAGUCGCACCUACCAAACGUGUUGAAGAACUUUAUGAUAUACCUGUCGACGUGGAAUAUGAAAAUGGUACCAAUUUCUCUGCAGGGGCGACAACGGACAAUUUGCCACCUGGUGUUUUGUAUAGGGUCAAGGCUACUUAUAAGUACAGUCGGGAAGAUGUGGAUGAAUUGUCGUUCGACGUUGGUGAAAUAAUACGCGUCGUAGAAUACAAUGAUCCUGAAGAACAGGAAGAGGGCUGGUUGAUGGGUAUCAAAGAGGGUACAAAUGAAAAGGGAAUGUUUCCAGCAAACUUCACGAAGCCGCUGUGAAAAGGUUUUGUUUUUUUACGUUUAUCUUUUACUAUCGGAAUGCUCAGAAAAAUGGGGUCUUGAUAAAUAAAUAAACGUAUAAAAGGUAAAAUUGAUCGGAUGUAAUACUUAUAAAGGAAAAAAACAAAAAAAUAAGAUCCACACUGAGUUCAUCAAAAGAAGGUAGUGUUACAUUCGAGUCGUAAAAUUAAGAAGCAGAAUCUUGAAAAAAAAAAAUAUAAAAAUAAAACAACAAUAUAAGGGAAUUGAUAUAUAAUAAGAUAGUUUUGCUGGAUGGUACUGUGGAUAAUAAUCAGCCCAAAGUGCCUUUAAAACCAGCCACUGUCUGUGCCAACGAACAUUCACUAUAAUAAUAAUAAUAAUAAUAAUAUUAAUCUAAUAUGAGAUUAAUCCUCUCAUAUCGAAUGUACGAAUGAAUAUACGCAUCACUAACAAUCAAAUGAAAAAAAAAUAUUUAAAUAAUAUAUUGUAAUACAAUUUGCAAUACAAUAUAUAAAUAUAUAUAUUUAAUAUAUACAGGAUGUCCUGUAACCUGCGGUAUAAAAGACCAGGGAGUGAUGAUUAUAUGUAAAAAAAAAAAAAAAUCAAAAAUGUAGAAUUAAAUGUGUUCUUAUAAGUUUUUAUCUUUAGGAAAAGAAUAAGCUUUGAAAAUUUGUCGCAAAAUUUGACUGUACAUUUUCGAUUUAAUUUUUGCAUGUAAAAUCAUCCCCUGUUCACAUUUACCAUUAAUUACAGGACACUUUGUAUAUUAGAUUAAUUUUAUUUUAUGGAAGUGUACAUAGAUCUACAUAUAUUACUUUUAGGGAUAAAUAACUUUUAUGAGAUAUUACUUUUUCGUGGCCACUGAAAGGGGGGGAAAGGAGAGAAAGGGAGAAAUAUAAUCAUUAAAAGAUUUAUUGUCAAAAAAAUUUAUCGAUAGGA